CAUAUGGAAAAAGAUGCAACUCCUAACAGAUUGGAGAUUGUCUUCACCUAAACACAAAGGACAAAGGAAACUAGACUUUAUAUAAGUCUGCUUAGGAAAAGGGGGAUUUGUUUUGUUGCCGAACGAGAAACCUACUUUAGUUUUCGAUGGAGAUGGUGACAGAUGGUGAUGAUGAUCAACGCUCCGAGGAGGGUUCCAGAGGUGAGAAGAGAUGUCUUAAUUGUCUGGCAUUGGUCGGUGGCUCUUGCCGUGAGGAAGAAACAAGAAUUUUACGAGUAAGAGAAGAAGGUGAUAGUUCUUCUUCUUAUUCUUCUUCUUCUUCCUGGAGUUUGUCCUCCGUGGAGUCCAAGAGGCGUCGUGUGGUGUUCCACGAACCCAUCAGAGCAGCGCCUCUAAGGGAAGUCAAGCCUGUGAUCAGAAGAAAAAAGCCGGUCAAACCAGAGAGAGGGGUUACACCGGAAUGGCUGGUUAAUCUGAUGACGAGACUAAACGGUGUGGACGUGAAGCUGGUCAUUGAUAAGAUGAUUCAGACGACUGAUGUCAACCCAAACCAAGCACGUCUCUUGAUUCCCUUUAACCAGAUAGUGGAGAUGGACUUCUUGAACGAGGCAGAGUUGGGCAUCAUAGCUGAACAUCAAAGAGAUAAAAGUAAAAAAGGUGUUGAUGUGACCGUGGUCGCAUCCGAUGGUAGAGAAUGGAAUGCUAAACUAAGGAGAUGGAAUAUGAACUGUCCCAACUACGCCUUGUGUUCUGGAUGGAACAACGUCGUCCGCGAGAACAUGCUCAAGAACAAGGUAGGGCAGAUUUUUCGACUAUGGUCAUUCCACUCCCAGGAUGGGAAGCUUUAUCUAGCCUUCUUUCAUCAGCCUACUGCUCCGGAUAUACCCGACCUAAAUGUACCGUUUGUUCAAGAGAGGGAUCCUCUUGAGGCUGAACAAGAGAGGCAUGAUCAUAGGAGGACUUGGUACCCCGAUCUCCGGCUUGCGCGGUGUGUGUACCUAAAUAUACCAUUGGUUCCAGUGCGCACGGAGAUGACUUCCUUUGAAGCUGUACAAGAGACAUCACUGGAAUCAGCCAGAGAGACGACGAGGACAACGGUGGACCUCGAGCUCCGGCUAGGGCUAGAAUAGAGGCAUGGAAGGAGGACUUCACUGGAAUCAGACACAGAGACGACCAAGACAGUGGAUUAUUUUUAGGCUUUCAAAUGAUUUUUUUUUUCUUUUGGGUUUUGUUUUGUUCAUUUACUAGUCUUGUGGCUUCUUUGGUUUUAGUAUCGAUGACUGAAUUUUAGGAAAAUGAUAUUUCAAA